UUCCCCUCCGCUCGUGCUCAUCUCACGCGAGCCAGCCUCGUCAGCUCAGGGGCGCGUGCCACAUCCGAAGCGGAGAGGGACAGCUCCCAGGUGCUGAAGCUGCUCGGCGCUCCAGAGAGAGAAAAACGAGACACAGAGAGGGGGGAAGGAAACACCACCGCCUGCAUUAGACACUAAUAUUAUAAAACCCGUAUUCUGCAAUAACAGGGGCAGACACAGAUAGAGACCGAGGCCUUCAAAACAGAUGGCUGCCACUCAGGAUGUGAAAGGAAAGGGGGAGGGAGGGGACCAAAACUUCGACUACAUGUUCAAGCUGCUGAUCAUCGGCAACAGCAGCGUGGGCAAAACGUCCUUCCUGUUCCGCUACGCCGACGACGCCUUCACCUCAGCCUUCGUCAGCACAGUGGGCAUCGACUUCAAAGUAAAGACGGUGUACAAGAACGACAAGAGGAUCAAGCUGCAGAUCUGGGACACAGCAGGCCAGGAGCGCUACAGGACCAUCACCACUGCCUACUACCGCGGGGCCAUGGGCUUCAUCCUAAUGUACGACAUCACCAACGAGGAGUCCUUCGGUGCUGUGCAGGACUGGUCAACCCAAAUUAAAACCUACUCGUGGGAUAAUGCACAGGUGGUGCUGGCUGGCAAUAAGUGUGAUAUGGAAGAGGAGAGAGUGGUCUCGGUGGACAGUGGCAGACUGCUGGCAGAACAGUUGGGUUUUGAAUUCUUUGAGACCAGCGCCAAGGAUAACAUCAACGUGAAGCAGACCUUUGAACGUCUCGUCGACCUAAUUUGCGACAAGAUGUCUGAGAGCUUGGACACAGAUCCGGCCAUCACUACGGGAGCCCCCACUGCCAAACUCACGGACAGCGCUCCGCCCCUCCAGCAGCCUGGAUGCAACUGUUAGUGACUGAUGUCAGGAAGCAAAGGGAGGGCGGCGCAGAUCCCGUAAGGUGGUAGAGUGUGCAGAGUUUUGUUCUCCCUUAUCACUCCUGCUAGUGCUGCUUCCUCUGGACUACAGUUCAAACCCUGUUUAGUAGUAGAAUUACAAAAUGCCGUCGUAUUAUCUCUCAACUUUAUCACCUUAUAUCAAGAGCAAAUAACCAGACAAGCAGACAUGGCUAUUGUACGAUGUGUAACACUACAGGAUAUCUAGAAUAUAGAGACACCAUAUUCUCAUGUUUCAGCUAGUUAGUAUGGUCAUAAACCAAGAUAAGGCUGGAAAUAGUCCAUAGUCAUGAUGUACAGUUAACCCUUAAGACCUUUAAAAAUCUUUAAGACCUAGAAUAAUUAUAAAAUGAGGGAUAGAGUCAGUGAGUGCUUUAUUUUUUAUUUUUUGUACAGUAUGUAUUUUCCUUUUAUAGGAUUAUUUGGUCUCCUAAAGCUGCCAAAUCUAUGAUUUAGUGCACUAUAGGAUGUAGCGGCUUUUCUUUUUUUUGUUGUAAUGAGUGUGUGUGGCUGUUGUGUGACUGUACAGUAAGUGCGAGUGGGGUUGCAUGAGUGUGAGUUACAGAUGAGUGCAACUUUGUCAUCUAAAAAAAAAAUCAUCUACCUUGGAUAAAAAAGUGGCCUUUUAGCAUCUCCAACACGGCCUCUGUAAGUUCCUCUGUCAUGCUUACUUUUGGAAUGAAUCCAGUAUGUAUAAUGUUGAUGUGAUUCCACGUUUUUGGUGUCUGUAGAUGUGCGAUUUCUCUGAUAAGUAUAUCUGUAAAUCUUAAAAGCAACUAUUUCUCUGUGCUUAGCCUCUAAGACGACCCUUUAUAGUUUGAUGCGAUGAGCAUGCUGCCAAAAAGAGUCAAUCAUAUGUGCUUUUUUUUAAUCUAAAAGACAGAUCCUAAACGUCCUUAACUCCAUAUGAUAGCAGUGAUCCAGCAUUUCAUUAAAUGAACAUCAAACACUGACAAGGCACAGUACAGUGUAUGAUACACAACCUGAUCAGCUCUGGCAUGGAAUAAA